AUGUUGGGAAGUGGCAGGUCUGUGACAAGCAGGGAACAAGGCAACGACGGCGCAGCCUGGCCCCGGCUGACGGACGCUGGCGACUCAGAGAUGGACAGUAGCUGCCACAACGCGACUGCCAAAAUGUUAGCUACUGCUCCGGCCCGGGGCAACAUGAUGAGCACCUCCAAACCCUUGGCUUUCUCCAUCGAACGAAUCAUGGCGCGCACCCCAGAGCCCAAGGCCCUGCCCGUCCCCCACUUCCUUCAGGGAGCCGUGCCCAAGGGGGACCCCAAGCACUCUUUGCAUCUUAACUCGUCGAUCCCUUGCAUGAUCCCCUUCGUGCCUGUGGCGUACGAUACGAGCUCCAAGGCUGGAAUGACGGGCUCGGAGCCGCGGAAGGCGAGUCUGGAGGCUCCGGCGGCACCCGCGGCGGCGCCCGCAGCGCCCGCGUUCAGCUGCAGCGAUCUGCUCAACUGCGCGCUGAGUCUCAAGGGCGACCUGGCCCGGGACGCGCUGCCGCUGCAGCAGUACAAGCUGGUAAGGCCCCGUGUGGUCAACCAUUCUUCCUUCCACGCCAUGGGAGCCCUGUGCUACCUGAAUCGAGGUGACGGCCCCUGCCACCCGGCAGCCGGCGUUAACAUCCACCCGGUGGCCUCCUACUUCCUCAGUUCCCCUCUGCACCCUCAGCCAAAAACGUAUUUAGCUGAAAGAAAUAAACUGGUGGUCCCGGCGGUGGAGAAGUACCCCUCGGGAGUAGCUUUCAAAGACUUGUCCCAGGCUCAACUGCAGCAUUAUAUGAAAGAAAGCGCCCAGCUUCUGUCGGAAAAAAUCGCGUUCAAAACCUCUGACUUCAGCCGAGGCUCUCCUAAUACCAAGCCCAAAGUUUUCACUUGCGAAGUGUGUGGAAAGGUCUUUAACGCACACUAUAACUUAACCCGUCACAUGCCAGUGCACACAGGAGCCAGACCCUUCGUUUGCAAAGUGUGUGGAAAGGGCUUCCGGCAAGCCAGCACCCUGUGCAGGCACAAGAUCAUUCAUACCCAGGAAAAACCUCACAAAUGUAACCAGUGUGGCAAAGCAUUUAAUAGAAGUUCCACUUUAAACACGCAUACCCGAAUACACGCAGGCUACAAACCGUUUGUGUGUGAAUUCUGUGGCAAAGGAUUUCAUCAAAAAGGGAAUUACAAAAACCACAAGUUGACCCACAGCGGGGAGAAGCAGUUCAAGUGCAGUAUCUGCAACAAGGCUUUCCACCAGGUUUACAACCUCACCUUCCACAUGCACACUCACAACGACAAGAAGCCGUUCACGUGCCCCACGUGUGGCAAAGGCUUCUGCAGGAACUUUGACCUCAAGAAGCACGUCCGCAAGCUACACGACAGCAGCCUGGGGCUGGCCCGCACGUCCGCUGGGGAGCCCGGCACGGACCCGUCGCCCCCUCUACAGCAGAUGCCGCCUGCCACCCUGCCGCCUCUGCCGCCGCCGCUGCCGCCCCCUGGUCCCCUGCAGCCCGGGCUCCACCCGGCCCACCAGUGA